AUUAUUUGUCAAAUGAGUGUCACAAGUAAUAAAAUGAGUGAUGAUAUCAAUACAAUAUCUACAAACAAUGUCUCUGAGACAGUAUCGCUUAACUGUGGCCCCAAUACAGCUCAGGCAGGUUUGUCGACACCGGUAACCACACCGGAGCCUAAAUCGAUGAGUAAUCAGUCGGGUUCGCGAUCGGAGAUCCAUUACCCGGGAGUACAGAAUCCGUCGCGUAUUUAUGAAUCUAAGAAAAAUCGAAAACUGUUCCGCAUUUUGACAGUCUUUGGCUAUAUGUUUGCCGUCAGUUUGGCUGCUAUUGUGCUUUCAUUAUAUUACAUAUUCCUCUGGAAUCCUAAUAUGCAAAUCAAUAACUCUUCACAAACCAUAAGAUUCAAUGCAAACAAUGAUUUUGUUUUGAAAUUGAAAGAGUCGGACGUAUAUACCGAUGACAGUGUCGAUCAAAGUAAUGAUAUUCAGCGACAAAAAACUGAACAAAUGUUUUCUUCAUCGCAGCUAUUGUUGAGAACAACAAACAAAACUUCAUUAAAUACAAUGAAUACGACGACAACAGCACCGAUGAUGACAUUGCCAUCGACUACAACGACAUCGAAAAUAAAUGUAACGACAAAUGUUGUCCGAAACAGCCAUUACUUGUCAGAUACCUUAUCUGUAAGUAAUGCCAAUGAAAAUGUCUAUAAAUUAGUGCCAAAGACUCGUUCAAUGUAUGUCAGCGCCAGUGAUGGCAGAGUGGGUCACAAUAUAAUCGUUAGCCAUAAUAAUAAUAAUAAUAAUAACGAAAACAAGAGACCAGACAUCAAAACAUUGGAAAUAUUGAAUGAAACGAAUGAAACGGAAAUCAAUAUAAACGACAAUCACAUCAAUAAUUUACUAAUAAAUAGGAGUUCAACACAAGGAAACCAUUAA